GCGAUGGCGUACAUAAGCCAAGUGGAAGACGAGAACUCCAGUCUGAGGUCUGAUGUAGAAACUCUACAAGACUCAGUGCAGGAGUUGGACAGAGAGCUCACUGUGUCCCGGAUAACGUGUAAAGAGUUAACAAGAGAAUGUGAUGGAGCAAAACAGCAGCUGAGGAUCCUGCAGUCUGCAGUGAGAUGAAGGACAUUUUACUGAAGGACUGUGAGAGAGUGCCAGAGGUUCACCGUAUGCUCAUGUCACAAAAUGAGGUGUUAAAGAAGUUGUUAAAGCAGAAUGAAGAGUUAAUGCAGGCCUCUCUGGAUGAAGCUGAAAGCAAAUAUGAGAAGACAGUGAUGACCAAUGCUGAGCUGGAGAACAAGAACUCUGACCUGAUGUCUCUGGUGACCACGCUGCAAGGUACAGUGGAGGUGAUGGAGAAGAAGCUCGCUGAGACAUGCAGGACAUGUGAAGACAUAAGGAGGGAGUGUGAGCAAGAGCGGGAGGCUCACGUUAAAGAGAAGUUACGUUGUGCAGACUUUAGGAAAGCUUUAAGUGAGUGCAGUCAGUUACUAAAGGAGAAUGAACAAGAGCUCGGAGCUCACAAUAUCCUGAUAUCACAGUAUGAUCAGAUGACUUUAACACACAAUGAGAAGUUACUAAAGAAACAAAUGGCUGAAGCUGAGAAGAGAUAUGAGCAGGAAAAGGAGACCAAUGCUCAUCUGGUGAAAGAGAAGUUAGAUCUGAUGUCCCAGGUGGAGAAUCUGAAAGGCAAAGUGGAGGGUUUGGGUGAACUGCUGGCUGAAAAACGCAGGCAGUGUGCUAAGGCCUUGUUGGAGUGUUCCAUUGCAAAGAGCAUUCAAACUAUGACCAAAUCCAAGGAGGAGACUUUAGAGCAGGAAAAAGAAUCAAUUAGGGUCUCUCUGUGUGAAUCUGAGACGAAGUACAGUGAGGUGAUGAAGACCAAUACUAAGCUGAAGAAUGAGAACAGUACCCUGCAUUUCACUGUGGUCAGACUGCAAGACUUGGUGCAGAACUUAAAGAAAGAGCUCUCUGUGACCAAGAGAACAUGUAAUGCGGCACUGAGAGAGUGUGAGCAAUAGCGGGAGGCUUACAGCAUCAUGCAGUCUCAGUGUGAUCAGAUGAAGGAAACUCUAUCUGACCAAGAGAAAUCUCAUACGGUCUCUCUGGCAAAAGCUGUGGAGAAAUACAACCAGGCGAUGGAGUCCAACGUUCAGCUGGAGAACGAGAAGUUGGACCUGAUGUACCAGGUGCACAAACUGGAAGGCACAGUGCAGCAGCUGGUGGAGAAGCUCUCUGA